AUGCCAGCUCGCAAGCGUUCAGCGGCAGAGGUGGACCCUGGGCAAGGACGGCGCCGCUCUGGCCGGAUCUCCAGCACGCCUCAGAAAAGCAAGUAUUUUCAGGAAUCGGAAAGCGAGGACAGGGAAGAUGACGCUCCGCCUCCCAAGAAGCGAGGUAGGCCAUCUAAAGCUGUAGCUUCGGAGAAGAAGAAGCGCGUUGAGAAGGAGCCGGACGACGAGGAUGAGUACAACGAGGAUGAGAAGUCAGGAGAGGACCAAGACGACGGGGACGAGUAUAACGAUGAGAAGCCAGAGGAGGAAGAGGAGGGGGAUGAUGACGAAGACGACGACGAUGAUGAUGAAGAUGCGCCUCCCAGGGUCAGGAUCGUACCGCUGGAGAAGAUGAGGGAUACUGGAGGGGUUGAAUAUGAGGACAACAAGAUCCACAAGAAUACGCUCCUCUUUCUCAAGGAUCUCAAAGCCAAUAACAAGAGGUCAUGGCUCAAAUCACACGACGGCGAGUACCGGCGAGCCCUCAAGGACUGGGAGUCGUUUGUUGACGCAGCCACGCUCACUGCCAUCGACGUCGACGAGACCAUCCCUGAACUCCCAGUAAAGGAUGUCAUCUUCCGCAUACACAGGGACAUCCGCUUCAGCAAAGACCCGACCCCCUACAAGCCUCACUUCUCUGCCGCCUUCUCACGCACAGGUCGCAAGGGACCGUACGCGUGCUACUAUAUCCACUGCGAGCCCAAGUCGUCAUUCAUAGGGGGCGGCCUCUGGUGCCCGGACAAGGACCAGCUGGCGAAGCUCCGCAGGAGCAUUGACAGGCACCCGGAGCGGUGGCGGGAGGUCCUCAACACCCCGGGGCUGAAGCGGACCUACCUGCCGGGCGUCAAGCCCAGCGCCGACGACGAGAAGGCCAUCGAGGCCUUCUUCGACAAGAACCAGUCCAACGCGCUGAAGAAGAAGCCAAUGGGUUUCGACGCAGAUCACCGGGACAUCAAGCUCCUCCGCUUGAAAAACUUCACGCUGGGCGCCAAGAUUGACGAGUCGAGCCUGGCCUCGGAUACCGCCCAGGAGAAGGUUGCCGAGUGCUUCCGUGGCCUCGAGCCAUUUGUAUCCUUUCUGAACGAUGUUGUCAUGCCAGAUCCCAAUCGCGAAGAAAGCGAAGACGACGAUGAGGAGGGGGGGUAG